AUGAAGCAUCGGCAGCAACGGUAUUGGGCGGGCAAGCGGCCUGAGUGGGCAGAACAAGAGGCAGCAGAUGACGCAGCACCCACUAAAGAGGCAGCGGAAUUGCCUGCGACUGUGCCGGACACCGCAACGGCGACUCGCGCAGCUGACCCCAGGCUGGCACGCCUGUUGCAGCAGAGGCAGCCGCAGUUGGGUCACCGUGAUGCGAGCGUGGCGGUGGUGCUGCGAAGGCGCCGAGCGUGCUCUCCAGACGCCGCCGAUGCCAGAGAGCUGCCCCAGGCCGAGGCGGCUGUUGCAGGCGUGCCGGUUGCCGCCGACAACGAGGAGGAGGAGGACGAGGAGGCUAUUGCGAGGCGCAGGCUGGCGAUCCGUGCACGGCAGCUGGCGACCGCAGCAGCAAUCGGGGCUGACAGCGCUGAGGAGGAGGGCUCCGAGGACAGCUCUGAAUACAUGACAGGCGAUGACAGCGAAGAUGAGCGUGGUCCAGUGAUGCUGAAGCCUGCUUUUGUUCCCAAAACAGAGCGAGAGACGUUGGCAGAGCGGGAGGUCCUGCUAGCACAGUCGGAGCAGACAACCAGGCAGCAGGCCGAGCAGCUGGAAGACCGCAAGCGCCAGACCCACGCGCUGGUCACGCAGCAGCAGGCGCAGGAUGCGCCGCAGGAUGCACCCACGCAAUAUGCUUCUGACUUGAAUACGGAUGACGACCAGGAGGAUGAGGUUGCACAGUAUGAGGCUUGGAGGGAGCGGGAGCUUCAGCGCAUUGCACGUGACAGGAACUUGCGGCAGGCGGGUGCCAAGGCAGAGGCAGCUUUGGCAGCGCCCUCCAGCGUGCCAGCUGCCGCGAAAUACUGGCACAAGGGAGCAUUCUUCCAGGGCGAGGAUGAGGCAGGCGACAGCAUAUUGGGCGACAUCCUUCGUCGCGACUAUGAUGCUCCGACCGGCGAGGACAAGUUUGAUAAGCAGAUGCUGCCACAGAUUAUGCAGGUCCGCAACUUUGGAAGACGGGGCCGCACCAAGUGGCAGCACCUAUUGGCUGAAGACACGAUGCAGGCAGCACCCGCGGCAGAGGCCAUCCGUCAGCCUCGACAGCAGCGCCAGGAUUUUGACAAGCCCAGGCAGCUCCCUACUUGA